UUGACGAUAUCCAAAGAUCGAACUGACUCAAUUUCUCAUUUGACCCGUUGAGCAUGAUUUGAGAAAAUGCCAGCUAACGAUAAAGAGAUAGAAAAAUUAAGAAAACAGAAAAAGAAGGCGGAGACGAACAAUAACUAUCAGGAAGUGGCAACUAUCUGUAACUACAUUGGGGAAUUACUGUCAAAGCAAGGAAAUUAUGACGAUGCAAUUGAAGAACAUGAAAUGGAAUUGGCGCUGUGUGAGAGCACAGGUGACGUCAUGGGGUCCGCCGUAGCUAACAGAAAGAUUGGAGAAUGCUACUGUGAACUCGCAGAGUUUGACAAAGCCAUCAGACAUCAGCAGCGCCACCUGGACCGUGCAAAAUCAUGCAGUGAUGAUGUUGAAGAACAACGAGCCUGGGCAACAUUGGGCCGGACCUACCUUUGUCAGUCUGAGGCUGUCAGAGGGAAGAAAAGCCUGUCAUCAACUCUGAAGAAAGCUGAAAAUGCCUUCUUGAAGGCUUUGGAGGUCGCCAAUCGUUUGAGAAGCAAAAUUUCGGAACGAGAUUGUGCAGAAAUGAAGGCACGGUUACUGCUCAAUCUCGGUCUGGUGUGUGAUACGAAGAAGGAAGUUGAGCGAUGUGUCACGUUUCUCACAAAGGCCAUUGCCCUCACUGAUAAAUACAACUUCCAUGAGGAUGGCCACAAGUGCAUGUUCAGUUUAUGUGGAAUCUACAUUCGAGCAGCCAAGUUUAAAGAUGCACUUCCCAUUGUUGAGAAAAGUAUACAUAGUUGCAUCAAGGGGAAAUUAAAGGCACUUCAGUGUGAGGCCGUUAUUCAAAAGGCUAAGGUCUUAGUUGGUCUUCAGGAGUAUCAGGCAGCAAAGAGAACUCUCAAAACGGCCUACAAGCUCGCUUCUGCUGCAGAAAAAGAUGACAUCAAGAGAUUUACUUCUUCAGUUUUCAAACUUAAGAAAAUUCACCAAGGACUUUCAAAAGCGACAUCACAAGAAGAGAAGAUGAAAUUGUACGAUAAAAUGGGGGACCUCACUUUCGCUACCGGUGUGUUUAGUGCAGCUCUACAAAAUUAUCACAAAAUGCUGACCCUGGCGAAGGAGAUCAAUGCGCCCAAAGAAACUAUGAUACCUAUUUAUGUGAGCCUCGCCCAGACCUACUGUGAUAUUGGACAACAUGCUGAAAGCCUUGAAUACUACCAGGAGGAACUGAGAUGUCGGAAGGGUGACCAUGAACAGUGCUGCCGGACGUGGCUAAAUAUUGCUGAGGCUCAAGAAAAUAUGGGCGAUGAGUACACUGCUAUUUUGAAAUCUAUCCAUGAAGCAUACAUCUGUGCAAAGGAAGCUAAGCUGGAGAAGCUGCAGAUUCACUGCUUGCGUACAAUGUGCGCCACCCAAGAAAACUUUGGUCGUAAGGUUGAUAAGGAGAAGACCUGUGGUAAACUCAUGAAGCUUUACGAUCGCUAUGGCUUGACAUCUGAUGAUGAGCUCUCAGAACCGGAGGAGGAAUCCCAGAAAGAGGAGAGUGAAAUAGAAGAUAUCAUGGAUGAAAUCACAGACUCAGAUGAGUCUGAAAAUGAAGAGUUUGAUCGAGAGCAAACCACGACAGGCAGGAAGAAGACAUCCCGGUUUACAUUCAAGCGGAAUGAAAAGGGCGAGACUCCACUUCAUAGGGCCUGUAUCGAAGGUAACCUGAAACGUGUUAAAAAGCUUCUUGAUUCUGGCCACCCCGUGAAUCCGCGAGAUCACGCUGGAUGGCUACCUCUUCACGAGGCCUGCAAUUAUGACUAUGUGGAGAUUGUGAGGACGUUGAUUGAUCACGGUGCUAACGUAAACGACCGAGGGGGCGAACGGUGUGAUGGAGUGACGCCGUUACACGAUGCCUGUAACUGUGGGAAUUUAGCAACAAUCAAGUUGCUCAUUGAGAAAGGUGCUAAUGUUAACUAUAAGGAUGAUCAGACCAAUACAGCCCUUGAUUGCCUCAUCCUGUUCAGAGAACGAUCUGAUGCAGCCGAGGAGGAGAAAAAAGAAAUAAGGAGUGUAGAAAAGAUGCUGCUGAAGAAAAUGGGCAACAAACAGAACCCGCCCAGAUCCCGUGAUCGAUAUUCAGAGGAUGAGCUACCCAGUAUCAGGCGGAGUCGCUCGCAGCAGACCAGAGAUACAAACAUGAACAGGAUUGGUGAAGCAGACGACAGUGACGACGGUUCAGUUGAUAGCUUUAGAAUAGUUGAUGACAAUCCACCUAUCAGGAACUCAAGAAAACCGGCUAGUGCUCCCCCUAUUGUGGAUGAAGUGGAAGACCUUUGCGAUGACGAACUGGUGUACAGCAACCCUCGGCUUGAUGAGCUGCCAGAAUUGACGAGGACAGGUGGCGCCACUAAAGCGUACCGCGAUGCAAUGAAAAUCUUUGGGAGUUCGGCACAGCGUAUUUCACUUCAGACUCAACACGUGACAGACAUAGAAAAUAAUGCCGAGGAUGCGCCAGCUUUGGUGAAUGAAGCAGAGUAUGACAGUUGGCUUGUCGAUGAUCUGGCGCCAGUUAAUUAUAAAAGAAAACGACCCGAUGCCAAUGUGGAUAACUUAUUCAAGACGAUGGGAACCAGGAAAAAGCGUCGAGAGGAUGAUGACGGUAAUUCUAAAAAGACUACCAGAGUGGAAGAGAAAUCACAGCGAUCUAGGGAGAGAGGUAGAAGGUCGAAUGAAAAUCUGAAAAACGGAAGAGAUAUGGUCGAUUCUCAAAAUGGCAUUUUCAAUGACUGUGACAUUAUAAUGCUUGAUUCAAGAGUACCAUUCAGUGGUGAAGACAAUGAAAUACAUUUCGAACCUUUUCCCAAUGAUGAGAUUAUUGAUCUUGAUUUACCAGUAAUAUCAAACACCGCACGCUCCACAAGUUUAGCACGUCAAACUCAACAACUUAGACUAACAGCGUUCAUGAGCUCAAACUCUCCUGCUCAUAUGAAUUCAAAUUCGACUUCUGGUUAUUCGUCGGGAGAUGGUCGUGGUGAUAUCGGUGUGAGGACCGAGACGUCAGCCUUGCCUCCUGUGCCUGCACCUGUGAGCCUUCACUUGAGGAUAAAAGUCAAGAUCCUGGAGGAAUUGCUGUUAAUUCCAGUACCAAACAAUGAUGGCACCAAAACUAUGAGCUGGCUGAUAGAUGAAGUGGUACAGCGCUACUACAACUUGCAUGGACUGAGACCCAUCAUAUCAUUGAAGACCAAAGAUGGAGCGAUGUUGUCUCCAGAUGACUUUGUCAGUUUCGUUCUUGAUACUAACGAGGAGCUGGAAGCUACUUUCCAAGGUUGGGAUCUUAAACCAUUGAAGAAUAGAUACAAGGAGGCUUGCCAAGUCCUGAAUGCCAUUCCGUACAGAAAUAUUCAGAAUAGUUUAGAAGAAGUGGACGUAAAACGGACCCUGAGCCUCGAGUAUCUUGGCUUGUCAUUGAAACAGAUGCAUCCUAUUCUUCGGGCUGUCCAAUGUCAAACCACUCUCAAGGAACUCCAUUUAUGUGGCAAUAAGAUUGAUGAUCAAGUCAUGAAUCACCUUGCCUCAGCCUUGAAGACGCUUGUCAACCUUACUGUGCUCGACCUUAUGAGCAAUUCAAUCACUGCAGAAGGCCUUAGGCCACUCGUCCAGAUGUUCCAAGAUGCUGCAGCUUCACCUCGCGUUAUGGCAGAUAGACCACUGCAUAUCCUUGAUUCACUGAGCCUAAGUCACAAUCCCCUGGGUGAUGGUUCCACCCAGUCAUUAGCACAGAUCCUUCACUACCUUCCAUCACUAAGUAAGAUGUCCAUCAGCUCCUGCGACCUCACUGCAAAGUUCUUCCAACAACACCGUCCAGUCCUGACAGAGUCUUUCCAAGGUUCCAGCCUAGAGAUGUUGGACGUUUCCUUCAAUGAGUUUGGGUUUUUAGGAAUUGAUAUUCUGCUUAAGACGCUCAAUCCAAGGAAGUUACUGAUACUCAAUAUUGGGCAUACUAUUCCUUCACCGGCUGCUACCAUUGGUCUUGGUAUUCAUAUAGAGAAUUACAUUAAACAGGAAAGUUGCAACCUUCAGGUGUUAAAUAUCGAAGACUGCUAUCUCACCGAGGAGAAUAUCGACUGUCUGCUCAGAGGAUUGGUUCAGUCAAGGUCACUGAGGAGUUUGAAUGCGUCCCACAACAAGAACAUCAAGACCGCAGAGUUCACUGCCCUGCUGCAGCAGACUGCCCAGUCACAAUGCCUACUCGAGUCCCUGGAGCUCUCUGGAACCGGCAUAACCGGCCCUCUCGACACCGACUUCUUGGAUGCUUUGGGUGAUAAGCUGAAUUCAACUCAUCCGUUACAAAAAGUUGUCUUUACUUGUGAAAGUUUGGAUAAUAUGGAUGCAGACUCGCUGAAUCACUUGUGGAGAAGUCGAUGGGACUCUGCAGGACAAUGCCUUGUGAAGGGGAGCAGUGUCUCACUGAAUGUGAGGAUUUCAUAGAAAGACUUAUGCUGACUAGUGACUUGAUCAUUAUCAAGUAUGGACUAAUCUAGACUACUCAAGAAUUUUCAUAACUGUAUGUUCUUCUUUGGAGAACAUUUUUACCUGGAGUCAUAUUUGUGCUUCAUGAUGUGCUGAAAUGCAAUAGUUUAUCAAUUUAUAUUGU